CCAACUCCAUAACACAAAACCCUCAUUUGGCGCCCUAACCCCUUCACUAUACUUUCCUCUAUUCAGAUUCAUUUCCCUCACUCAAUCCCAAUCCUCUUCAAACCAAACCCUUACUCUUCCAUUCUCAUUUCGAAACCAUCAUGAAGGUCCGAUUAAUGAAAAUGAGGGAGGCCCACACCCAAAAAGGCGGCCGUGCUUCCUUCUGCUCACUCGUAUGGGACCAGAAAGCCGAACAUCUCGUCACCGCUUCCUCUUCCGAUGUCUCCGUCUCGAUUCAUAACCCUCUUCUUCCUUCUACCGCUCCUAAGAUUCUCCGUCACCACCGUGAUGGUGUUACUGCUUUGGCUCUUAGCCCUAAUUCCACUUGUCUUGCUUCUGGAUCUGUGGAUCACUCCGUUAAACUCUACAAAUUUCCAGGUGGAGAGUUCGAGACAAAUAUUACAAGGUUUACACUUCCGAUACGUUCCUUAGCAUUUAACAAGAAAGGAAGCAUGUUAGCAGCUGCAGGUGAUGAUGAGGGCAUCAAGCUCAUAAACACAGUCGAUGGCUCUAUUGCGAGGGUUCUGAAGGGGCACAAAGGACCAGUUACUGGCUUAGCUUUCGACCCUAAUGGUGAAUACUUGGCAUCUCUGGAUUCAAUUGGAACCGUUAUCAUCUGGGAACUCCACUCAGGGAAAAACCUUCACAACCUUAAGGGCAUAGCUCCUGACACUGGGUUAGAUCUUUUAACCAUGAAUGUUCUUUGCUGGAGUCCGGAUGGUGAGACCUUAGCCAUUCCCGGGUUGAAAAAUGAUGUCGUGAUGUAUGAUAGGGACACUGCUGAGAAGUUGUUCACUCUUAGAGGAGAUCAUACUCAGCCUAUAUGUUUUUUGUGUUGGUCACCCAAUGGCAAGUACAUGGCCACCUCUAGUUUAGAUAAGCAGAUUCUGAUAUGGGAUGUUGAUAAGAAGCAGGAUAUUGACAGACAGAAGUUCGAUGAAAGAGUGUGUUGCAUGACUUGGAAGCCGAUCGGGAAUGCCUUGGCUGUUAUUGAUGUUAUGGGAAAGUACGGUAUAUGGGACAAUGUUAUUCCUUCAUCUAUGAAGUCUCCAACCGAGGAUAUACCUAUGUUGGGCAAGAACAGUAAUGGGCUUCUUUUGUUUGACGAGGAGGAAGAGGACAAUAGUGUUAGUGGGAGCUUGAGUGAUCUUGGUGAAAAUAGUAACGGUGAGUUUGAGCCACCAACUAGCAGGAAAAGAUUGCGCAAACAUUCCUUUAGCGAGGAAAAUUUGGAUGAGGAUGGAGAAGAAUAUGGAAUUGAUCUAUUUCCAAAGGUUGAGUCUCACAAGAAAAGAAACCGGUCAGUCAAAGAAAAUUUGAAUAAUGGCAGUGUGGGAUUUAGAAGCACAAUGGUAACAUCUAAGACAAAAAUGCAGGAGGCAUUUCAAUCAGGAGCCACUCCAGUACAGCCUGGAAAAAGGCGCUUCUUAUGCUAUAAUAUGCUUGGAAGUAUAACCACUGUCGAUCACGAUGGAUACUCUCAUAUUGAGAUUGAUUUUCAUGAUACUGGAAGCAGUCCUCGAGUUCCAUCAAUGACUGACCAUUUUGGAUUUACAAUGGCUGCACUGAAUGAAAAUGGAAGUGUCUUUGCAAAUCCUUGCAAGGGGGAGAAGAACAUGAGCACCCUCAUGUAUCGCCCAUUUAGCAGCUGGGCUAGCAAUAGCGAGUGGUCUAUGCGCUUUGAAGGCGAAGAAGUAAAGGUUGUUGCACUUGGGGCUUCUUGGGUGGCUGCAGUGACAAGUUUUAACUAUCUUCGCAUCUUUACUGAAGGUGGUAUGCAGAGACAUGUAAUUUCGCUAGAUGGGCCACCGGUGACUGCAUCAGGUUUCAAGGAUAAGCUUGUAGUUGUUACUCAUGCUUCUGAUUGUCUUUCCUCAAAUGAGCAGGUGUUAGAGUUUAGUUUAUUUAAUAUAGCACAGGGGACCCAACCCCUUCGAGGCCGCUUGCCGAUAACUCCUGGUUCUUCUUUAAGUUGGUUUGGGUUUAGUGAAGAGGGCCAAUUGUGUUCGUACGAUUCCAAGGGUGUGCUAAGAUUAUAUACAAGUCAAUUUGGUGGAAGCUGGUUCCCAGUCUUCAGUGCUAUUAAAGAGAAGAAAACAGAUGAAAACUAUUGGAUGGUGGGUUUGAAUACAAACAAGUUAGUUUGUGUAGUAUUGAAAAAGCCUGAAUCCUUCCCACAGGUGGUGCCUAAACCAAUUCUCACUUUAAUGAAUCUUUCAUUUCCACUUGCUACAUCUGAUUUGGGAGCUGAGGCCCUUGAAAAUGAGUUUAUGAUGAACAGCAUGCAUCUCUUUGAGGUUCAGAAAAAGAUGGAAGAAAUGGAUAAUGCUGGUUUGGAUGCUAGUUUACUUGAUGACGAUGCUUUCAAUUUGGAAGCAGCACAAGAUAGAUGCAUACUAAGGCUAAUAGCAUCAUGCUGCAAUAGUGAUAAACUUGUGAGAGCUACUGAACUUGUCAAGCUUUUGUCACUGGAGAAAUCAAUGAAAGGUGCAAUAAAACUUGUUACUGCUCUGAAACUUCCAAAUUUGGCUGAAAAAUUCAACGACAUAUUGGAGGAAAGGCUAUACAAUGAAGUUAAAAAGACUACGGAAACCAACCUCAAGGAAAACAGUUCUGCACCUGUUACAUCAGAUACUCUACCUACCAGUAGCAAGGCCGAAACAUCGAAAGCAUCUAUUAUUUCAUCAUCACCAAACUUAUCUGCACCAUCCUUCAUAAAGAAAAAUAAAACACAAGAGGCAGCUAUAGAUGGAAUGAAUAAACCUGCAAUUGUUAACGGAAGUAUGAAGACAGGAGGAGAUGAAACAAGUGACAAGAAAGGUAAGGAGGCAAUGCAGGCUCCUCCUCAUCCACUUGGUUCCUCGGUAAAGCCGACAAAUAAGCCUGGAGUUGACAAAUCAGAGCCUAGUUUGGUGACACCAACCAGACCGUCCAAUCCAUUUUUGAAGUCCUCAAUGAAAUGAAUAUAUUUUUCUGGUUUAAGACAGAGUUGUCACGUAGAUAUCAAAUGUCUAAGAUAUAUGGUAUUUUAUGGAGUGGCUUGCUUAUUGAGUAUAUGCCAUAUUGGACAACUAAUGCAACACCUUUUAAUAUUGUGAGGAGCAUGCAAAUCGAAAUCACUAAAAAAAUAUUAUAAAAUAGCAAAAAGGUUGUUGGUUGUACAAAAAUGAUGUUCUUAUAUCAUUCCUCAUUAGUUAAUGGAAACUGACAUAAUACCAAGUUCAAUUUAUAUAUCAAA